AUGGAGCGGGGCGUAGGGACCCCUUCCGGCCAGGGGACAAGGUCCAACCACACGCUGGUGGCAGAGUUCAAGCUGCAGGGCUUCUCCGAGCACCCCAGGCUGCGGCUGCCCCUUUUCAGCUGCUUCCUCUCCCUCUACGCCGUGGCACUCGGGGGCAACGCUGUGAUCAUUGCUGUGGUCAGCUGCAGCGUUAACCUCCGCAGCCCCAUGUACUUUUUCCUGUGCAACCUGGCCACCAUGGACAUUGUCUGCACCUCGUCUGUGCUGCCCAAGGUGCUGGUGGGCCUGGUCUUUGAGGAAAACACCAUCUCCUUCCCAGGAUGCAUGGCUCAGCUCUUCUUCCUUCUCUGGUCCGUGUCUUCUGAGCUGCUGCUGCUCACGGUCAUGGCCUAUGACCGCUACGUGGCCAUCUGUCACCCACUGCACUACAGCUCCAGGAUGAGCCCACUUCUGUGCAGGGCACUGGUCACAGGAGUGUGGGCUGUCUGUGCCCUCAAUGCUUCAGUGCACACCGGUCUGAUGGUGCAGCUGUCCUUCUGCGGCCCCAACAUCAUCACACACUUCUUCUGCGAGAUCCCCCCACUCCUGCUGCUCUCCUGCAGCUCCACACUCAUGAACAGCGUCAUGACUGUCCUGGCUGAUGCCUUCUUUGGCGUGGUCAACUUCCUGCUCACCCUGGCGUCCUACGGCUGCAUCAUCGCCAGCAUCCUGCGCAUCCGCUCGGCUGCGGGCAGGCGGCGGGCCUUCUCCACCUGCUCCUCGCACCUCCUGGUGGUCUCCGUGUACUACUCGGCCGUCUUCUGUGCCUACAUCAGCCCGGCCUCCAGCUACGGCCCCGAGAGAAGCAAAGUGUCUGGAGUGCUGUACACGACGCUGAGCCCCUCUCUGAACCCCAUCAUCUACUCUCUGAGGAACAGGGAGGUCAAGCACGCCCUGAGGAGACUUGUGCCCCUUUCCCGACAUUAA